AUGUCAUCCGCAGGGACGGGGGUCUGCAAUCCAACGCACAUGAACAUCGAGGCGUGGACGUCCAGUACCAUGUCGAAUCUGCGCGUCUACUUCAACGAGAGCUACAAGGUUGGCGGGGUGGGGUACUUUGCUCUCGCGGGGGUGUACACUUCGCACAGUUUGGUGGAGGAAGGAACGAAAGCGACACCGCCGUUCUACCCGGACUUCUGGAAGCACUACAAGUCGAGCGAUGUGCUUAUUGACAAGCUCAGUGACAAUUGUGAAAAGUCAGAGGCGUGCACACAGCGAGAAGCAGCAGGAGGAACGUGCUUGGUGGUGGCGUUGAUGAAGCCUGGCUACGACCGAGGCUACUUCCAGGCCGUGCUCUCGAAUAUCGGCAUCCCGGCGUACUUCUGCUUCCUCGGGUACUACGAAGUGAGUCAGUACGCUUCGGAUGCAGCAGAGGCUGGGACUCCCGUGAUGUUCUACCACUUCGAGCCCGACAUGUUCCACGUGACUCACAAAGGGCUUUUUGACCGAGUUUUCCUGCCGCGCACCGACCCGGAACGCGUCAAACUUUCAACAGGGGACUAUGGUGAGAACGGCUAUGGCAACAAGACGAAUAAUCCGCUGGAUGUCGACUUUCCGAGUUUGCAACUCGCAAAAUUCGCGUCGCUACUCGUCAAAGACCUUCCCGUCGGUUCGUUGUUCUCCAAGCUCACGCUCUCGGACACCGAUAUCAACGAUCUCCUGAGCAAGUACAGCGAAGUCGUAAACGAUAAGACGGAAUCGCAGCCGUACUUUAGAGCGGCGUGCGACUGGGUGAAAACCAACUACGAUGUCUGGAGCGAGUGGCUUGACCGACUGCCACUAUGCACACUCGAGACUCACAUCGUCAACAACGUAACUGGAUGCGACAACGACAGCGCGGUGCGUGUGAUUGAAUUCGCGUGGAGAGCCCCAAAUCCUGGAAACGAGUCGCUCCCCAACGACUGCGAUGGGGGCGUGACGUCUUUACCUGCCGCGAUCACCACUAGCCGCUCCUGUGCGUGGAUCGCAGAGAACUACCGCAUUUGGACCGGUUGGAUCGACCGGAAGCCGACGUGUGACUCCUCUUUCUACGACUACAUCGUCUCGGACUGCGACUCGGAGGCAUAUCGUACCGUCGAGUGCUUCUGGAAGUUCCCAAAUGCUUCAAACGACCAGCUAUCAGGCGAAUGCGAGGACGGAGAGAGCCUGCCGAAGGACGUGAAGAUCAACUGCGAGUACAUGCCGACCUCUUCGUCUACAUUCGUGGCGAUGGCGGUGCUUGCAGUGAUCGUGGUCGUGAUUCUCGUCGUGGCCAUCAUCAUUGUGUUCCAGCAGCGAGACGCGCCGAUCAUCCGUCGAUCGCAGUACGAGAUGCUGUUGUUGAUGAUCUGUGGCGGCUUCUUCACAACCGGCGCGGCUGUAGCGUACGCCGGCCGUCCCUCAAAAUUCCUCUGCGGAGUUCGUCCAGUGCUGGUGUCGUUCGGGUUCACGACCAUCUUCGGAGCUCUCAUCAUGAAAUCCCUCCGCGUGUACCGCGUGCUCCUGAAAUCCGCCAUGAAGCGCGUGACCGUGACGCUCUUCCGCAUCCUCAAGCUCCUCUCCAUCUUCUACGUCAUCGACAUUGUGAUCUUCAUCGCGUGGUAUGCCGCCGACUUUCCCGAGCCCACCGUCACAACGGAAGAAGCCGCCGAGUUCCGAGGCACAGUGGAUCGGAUCUCCUGCAAGUCCUCGAGCUUCAUCUUCACGGCGCUGCUCAUCUUCACGGCGCUGCUCAUCUUCUGGAAGGCCAUCGUGCUCAUGGUGGGGAUGUACCUGUCCUUCUUGAUCCGCAACGUGUCGGUGGACUUCCAGGAGACCCCGUGGAUAUUCGGCUCGGUCUGUGUGGUGCUCGUGGGCUGCCUCGUGAUCAUGCCCAUGUCGUAUCUCGUCGAGAUGCCAGCAGCGGCCUACUACGUCUUCCUGGCCUGCGCGCUGCUCUUCUGCACGGUGCUGAUCAUGGCCUUGAUGCUCGUGCCCAAGAUUUUCCGCUUGAGGGAGGAAGCCACCUCGAGCAUCUUCGGCACAGCCAAGAGCAGGGAGAGCAGAGGCAGACCCAGCCAAGCAGGCGACACGACGAACGGUGGCGACACCGCCACCAACGUCACUGCCGGCCGCACGAUGUCACAAGUGAAGUACCAAGUGAAGCCGGUCAGCGGCGGCAGCCUCAUGGUCUUGAGCAACCUCCAAGCUAUGAAUGACACCGCCGCAACCAACAACUUGGCGACAGAAUAG